CAGGGCGACGCUCAGACUGGGCCGGGCGCGCCGGCUGCGCGGGCUCUCGGGCGCCGCGGCGACAGCAUCCUCCUCCUCCUCCUCUCUUUCUUUUCUUCCCCUCCGCUUCUUUCUUUUCUUUCUCCUUCUUCCCCUGCCCCGUCCCCCGCUCUGCUCCUUCUCCGGAGGACAUUAGGUCCUCAGGUCCCUGAACGGUGGCAGCGACGACCGCGGGUGCAUCCAGUUUCUGCGCCCAGGUAAUGGCCUAAAUGUCCUGAAAUUCAGUAAGUGAGCUGAUCCAAUUUCAUGAUGAUCUUGAAUCACCUUUGAGAUUAAUGAUCCUGGUCAUUGUUUCCUUUGUGAAACUAACAGCAGAGAGAGUCAAAGAGCCUGUUCCCUCACACCAUCCUACUAUUCCAUUUAAGUUCUGCAGCUUGUUGUCUCUAACCGAGGAAACAUUGAUUGGAAACUACUCAUUCAGAGAAGUAAAAGAAAGAAACCAGAACAUAUUAUCAACCCUUUGAGAACACAAUAUAACGAACUUUACCAUUUUACCACUUCUUUGAAUAGGAGAAGUCACAGCACGUUGAAGAAUGGCAGAUGAUCGGAAAGAUGAAGCAAAGGCGCCUCACUGGACCUCAGCUCAACUAACAGAGGCAUCCGCCCACCCACAUCCACCUGAGAUCAAGGAUCAAGGUGGGGCAGGGGAAGGACUUGUCAGAAGCGCCAAUGGAUUCCCGUACAGGGAGGAUGAAGAGGGCGCCUUUGGAGAACAUGGGUCACAGGGCACCUACUCAAAUACCAAAGAGAAUGGGAUCAAUGGAGAGCUGACCUCAGCUGACAGAGAAACAGCAGAGGAGGUGUCUGCAAGGAUAGUUCAAGUAGUCACGGCGGAAGCUGUAGCAGUUCUGAAAGGUGAACAAGAGAAAGAAGCUCACCAUAAAGAUCAGCCUGCAGUUCUGCCUUUAGCAGCUGAAGAGACAGCUAAUCUGCCUCCUUCUCCACCCCCAUCACCAGCCUCAGAACAGACUGUCACAGUGGAGGAAGAAGAAGAAACGCUAGCGAGUCCAAUGGCUGAGGAAGAGAAACCUGCCACUCUUCCUGGGAAAGAGUGUGAGGCUGCCAAGGCCUCAGACCAGCCCAAGGGCCUCAGUGAGGUCCAAGUGGAGCCUAGUGCGGAGGCCCAAAUAGCCCCUGAAGAGAGCGCCCCAGCAGGGACCCCACAGGAGAAAAGUAUAAAAGAGGUCGCGGAGGUGUCUCCAGAAGUAAAAACCCCUUCCUCUGCCGGGGAAGGUUUGCUUACAGCCUCGAAGAUGGAGUUUCAUGAUCAACAGGAAUUGACUCCCUCUCCAGCCGAGCCAUUAGACAAGAAGGAAAAGGAGUCAGAGAAAGAAAGUAAGCCUGGUGAAGACCUUCAACAUGCUGCCUUAGUUUCUCAGCCUGAGACAACUAAAACUUCCCCUGAUAAAAAGGACAUGCAAGACACAGAAGAAGAAAAAGUACCUCCCACUCUGUUUGGGCAUACUCUGGGUGCCAGCCUAGAAGACACAAAACAGAAGACAGAACCGAGCCUAGUGGUACCUGAUAUUGGCCUUCCCGCAGAGCCCUCAGCUGCAAAAGAGCAAAAGGACUGGUUCAUCCAAAUGCCAAUGGAAGCAAAAAAGGAUGAGUGGGGUUUAGUUGCUCCAGUAUCUCCUGGCCCCCUAACACCCAUGAAGGAAAAAGACGUACUUGAGGACAUCCCAAAAUGGGAAGGGAAACAAUUUGAUUCUCCCAUGCCAAGUCCCUUUCAGGGUGGAAGCUUCACUCUUCCUUUAGAUGUCACAAAGAAUGACAUUGUUGCAGCAACAUCACCCUUUGCCCCUGCCCUAUUACAGCCAGAUGACAAAAAAUCUUUGGAAGAAACUGGUAGCCCAGCGACUGCCAAAGAUAGUUCUAAAGUUGAAGAGCCCCAUAAGGAUCAACCUGACAAAAUGGCAGAAGCACCAGUCUCAGAGGCAGUUACAUCACCCAAAGAUGCUCACAUUUCAAUUGUGGAAGAUUAUGGUCUGGAGCAAGGUUUAGAAGAAGAGAAAGGGGCCAUAAAGCAAGAGAGUGUGCAGAUAAAAGAGGCUCCCACCUUCAGUGAACAGGAAUCUGUGCUUACUGAAAAGGAACCUCACCUAAAGCUUGAAGAACAAACAACCAUUUCUGGCGAAGAAGCUGUGUCAAAAGAGAGCGAAGCCCCAAAAUUGACAGAUGAAGAAACAGGUGUAAUUCAGCCCUCCACAGAGCACACUUACUCCAAAGAAGAACCAAAAGGCCAGGAGCUUCCCACAGAUAUAUUAAAACAGGACUCAUUCCCUGUAAGUUUGGAGCAAGCAGUUACUGAUUCAGCCGUGACCUCUAAGACACCAGAAAAAGUCAUGACUGAACCAGCUGCACUAAGUGAAAAGAGUGCCACCCAGGAGCUUUUUGAAGAAAAAGUUACUGACAAAGAUAAUAAGGUUGAAGGAGUUGGAGCUGUCACGUCAGCUGAGCUUGACAUGCCAUUUUAUGAAGAUAAGUCAGGAAUGUCCAAGUACUUUGAAACAUCUGCCUUGAAAGAAGAAGUGACAAAAAGUAUCCAGCCAGGCAGUGAUUACUAUGAACUGAGUGACACAAGAGAAAGUGCCCAAGAGUCUUUUGAUACCAUAUCUUCCAUGUAUAAAAACGGCGACAAGGCACUUCCGGCAGAGAAAGACUCCCAGCCCAGUGCUCCAGCACAAGAAGCAGGGUAUAGCACUCUCACACAGAGUUAUCCGUCUGACUUACCUGAAGAGCCCAGCUCUCCUCAAGAAAGAAUGUUCACUAUUGAUCCAAAAGUGUAUGGGGAGAAAAGGGAUCUCCACAGUAAGAAUAAGGAUGACUUGACACUAAGCAGGAGUUUAGGACUUGGUGGUAGGUCUGCAAUAGAGCAAAGAAGCAUGUCAAUCAAUUUGCCCAUGUCUUGCCUGGAUUCCAUAGCCCUUGGAUUUAACUUUGGUCGGGGGCAUGAUCUUUCUCCCCUUGCUUCUGAUAUUCUAACCAACACUAGUGGAAGUAUGGACGAAGGAGAUGAUUACCUUCCAGCCACAACACCUGCAGCGGACAAAGCCCCUUGCUUCCCAACAGAAAGCAAAGAAGAAAAAGAACAGAUAAAGGGGGAAAAAGCUACUGGAGAGGAAAACACCCAAGUCGAGACAUCGUGUGAAUCACCUUUCCUAGCCAAAGAUUAUUACAAAAAUGGUACUGUCAUGGCACCUGACCUGCCUGAGAUGCUAGACCUGGCAGACACAAGGUCCAGAUUAGCUUCCGUGAGUGCAGAUGCUGAGGUUGCCAGGAGAAAAUCAGUCCCAUCAGAGACUGUGGUGGAGGAGAGUAGUACUGGCUUCCCCCCUGUCACUGAUGAAAACCACGUCAUCGUUAAAACUGACAGUCAGCUCGAAGACCUGGGCUACUGUGUGUUCAAUAAAUACACAGUCCCACUCCCAUCACCUGUUCAAGACAGUGAGAAUUUAUCUGGGGAGAGUGGUUCCUUUUAUGAAGGCACUGAUGAUAAAGCACGAAGAGAUUUGGUCACGGAUCUUUCACUGAUUGAAGUCAAACUGGCAGCUGCUGGAAGAGUCAAAGAUGAACUCAGUGCUGAGAAAGAAGCAUCCCCGCCUAUCUCUGGUGACAAAUCAGGACUGAGUAGGGAGUUUGAUCAGGAGAAGAAAGCAAAUGAUAAGCUGGAUACUUUACUAGAAAAAAGUGAAGAACAUGCCGAUUCAAAAGAACAUGCCAAGGAAACAGAAGAGGCUGGUGAUAAAGUUGAAACUUUUGGAUUAGGAGUAACCCAUGAGCAAGCUUCAGCCAAAGAACUGACAGUCUCAAAAGAUGCAUCACCUCUCAUGGCUGAGAAAGCAGAGAAAGGUCUUAGUUCCGUGCCAGAGGUAGCUGAAGUAGAACCAUCCCAAAAAGCUGAACCAGAACUGGAUUUUGCCGCAAAGAAAGCUGACCAGGGUCAGAUAGAUGUUAAAAUCAGUGACUUUGGACAGAUGGCCUCAGGGCUACACAUAGAUGCUGGAAAGGCAACAGAGCUUAAACUCAAGGCUACCCAAGACCUCACCCCCUCAUCCACAGCACCUCAGGAGGCAGAUGCAUUUAUAGGUGUUGAGUCUGGCCACGUGAAAGAAGGCACAAAAGUUAGUGAAACAGAAGUCAAGGAGAAGGUGGCCAAGCCUGACCUGGUGCACCAGGAGGCUGUAGACAAAGAGGAGUCCUAUGAGUCCAGCGGUGAGCAUGAAAGCCUCACCAUGGAGUCCUUGAAAGCUGAUGAGGGCAAGAAGGAAAUUUCCCCAGAAUCUUCUCUAAUUCAAGACGAGAUUGCCAUCAAAUUGUCUGUGGAAAUACCCUGUGCACCUGCUGUUUCAGAGGCUGAUUUAGCCGCAGAUGAGAGAGCUGACGUCCAGAUGGAAUUUAUUCAGCUGCCAAAAGAAGAAAAUAAGGAGACCCCAGAUAUAUCUAUCACGCCCUCUGAUGUUACAGAACCAUUGCCUGAAGCCACUGGAGCUGAACCAGCAGAGGCUGAGAAUGAGGAAGAAGAGAUAGAAGCCCGGGGAGAAUAUGAUAAACUGCUCUUCCGCUCAGACACCCUUCAGAUUACUGACCUGGGUGUCCCAGGUGUCAGGGAGGAAUUUGUGGAGACCUGCCCUGGUGAACACAAGGGAGUGAUUGAGUCCGUUGUAACCAUCGAGGACGAUUUCAUCACUGUCGUGCAAACCACAACUGAUGAAGGGGAGUCGGGUUCCCACAGUGUGCGCUUUGCAGCCUUAGAGCAGCCUGAGGUAGAAAGGAGACCAUCCCCCCGUGCUGAAGAAGAGCUUGAAGUAGAAGAGGCAGCUGAAGCCCAGGCUGAACCCAAGGAUGGCUCCCCAGAAGCUCCGGCUUCCCCUGAGCGAGAAGAGGUUGGACUCUCAGAAUAUAAGACAGAAACCUAUGACGAUUACAAAGACGAGACCACCAUUGAUGACUCCAUCAUGGAUGCUGACAGCCUCUGGGUGGACACUCAAGAUGAUGAUAGGAGCAUCAUGACAGAACAGUUAGAAACUAUUCCUAAAGAGGAGAAAGCUGAAAAGGAAGCUCGGAGACCAUCUCUUGAGAAACAUAGAAAAGAAAAGCCUUUUAAAACCGGGAGAGGCAGAAUUUCCACUCCUGAAAGAAAAAUAGCUAAAAAGGAACCUAGCACAGUCUCCAGAGAUGAAGUGAGAAGGAAAAAAGCAGUUUAUAAGAAGGCUGAACUUGCUAAAAAAACAGAAGUUCAGGCCCACUCUCCCUCCAGGAAAUUCAUUUUAAAACCUGCUAUCAAAUAUACUAGACCAACUCAUCUCUCCUGUGUUAAGCGGAAAACGACAGCAGCAGGUGCUGAAUCAGCUCAGGCUCCCAGUGUAUUUAAACAGGCAAAGGACAAAGUGUCUAAUUCUACCUUGUCAAAGAUUCCUGCCUUACAGGGUAGCACAAAGUCCCCACGAUGCAGCUCAGCCUGCCCUAGUACGACUAAAAGGGCUACAUUUUCUGACAGUUUAUUCAUACAGCCCACCUCAGCGGGCUCCACAGACCGUUUACCAUACUCAGAAUCAGGGAACAAGGAUGGAGUAACCAAGAGCCCAGAAAAGCGCUCUUCUCUGCCGAGACCGUCCUCCAUUCUCCCUCCUCGCCGAGGCGUAUCAGGAGACAGAGAUGAGAACUCCUUCUCUCUCAACAGUUCUAUCUCCUCUUCUGCACGGCGGACCACUAGGUCAGAGCCAAUUCGCAGAGCAGGAAAAAGUGGCACUUCAACACCCACUACCCCCGGAUCAACCGCCAUCACUCCUGGCACCCCACCAAGCUAUUCUUCACGCACACCAGGCACUCCUGGAACCCCUAGCUACCCCAGGACCCCUCACACACCAGGAACCCCCAAGUCUGCCAUCUUGGUGCCCAGUGAGAAGAAAGUUGCCAUUAUACGUACGCCUCCAAAAUCUCCUGCUACUCCCAAGCAACUUCGGCUUAUCAACCAACCACUGCCAGACCUGAAGAAUGUCAAAUCCAAAAUUGGAUCAACAGACAACAUCAAAUACCAGCCUAAAGGGGGGCAGGUACAGAUUGUCACCAAGAAGAUAGACCUAAGCCACGUGACAUCCAAAUGCGGCUCUCUGAAAAACAUCCGCCACAGGCCAGGUGGUGGGCGUGUGAAAAUUGAGAGUGUGAAACUGGAUUUCAAAGAAAAGGCCCAGGCUAAAGUUGGUUCACUUGACAAUGCUCACCACGUACCUGGAGGUGGUAAUGUCAAGAUUGACAGCCAAAAGUUGAACUUCAGAGAGCAUGCUAAGGCCCGUGUGGACCACGGGGCUGAGAUCAUUACGCAGUCCCCAGGCAGAUCCAGCGUGGCAUCCCCCCGACGACUCAGCAACGUCUCCUCUUCUGGAAGCAUCAACCUGCUCGAAUCCCCCCAGCUUGCCACCCUGGCCGAGGAUGUCACUGCCGCACUCGCUAAGCAGGGCUUGUGAAUAUUUCUCGUUUAGCAUUGAAGUAAUACUAUUUAGGCAUGAGCUCUUGGCAGGAGUGGGCUCUGAGCAGGUGUUAUAUUCAUUCUUUACAAACCAUAAAGGAAAUAAUCUCAUUCCCAAACUGUAGUAAUUGUUACAAUUUUAUAUUAAAAAAAAAGAAUAGUAUAUGCAGAAAUUGACUUGAUUUCCAUUUGUAACAGGAAGAUACUGGCUUUACAUGAGUACAAUUGGACAAUUAUUUUUGCUCUGCUCUGUUUUGCAUGGAGUAUUAUUAUUUUAAAAAUUGCAUUUCUACCUUUCAUGUGCCUGAAGGCUAUCCACUACAUCCUGAAAGGCCUUGUUAAAAUCCAAGCUGCUCAUUUCACUAUUUUGUUGCUGGGUGAAAAGAUAAAAAGCUGCCCAUUGUAACUUAUUACAGGUUAAAUUAAAUCAAGGAGUCUGAUUGCAGGAAGGGAAGAGCAUGUAAGAAAUAAGUUUUUUUUAAAGCGUUAUUUUGUAUAAAUGGGAAGAAAGAUUCAAUUAAGUUAUUAACAUUUGGGACCUGGAUAAUUAUAUCAGAGUAUAAGUCAAUCCAAUAAAUUAUUUAACUAAUUAAAAAAUAGUUACGAAGCAUUUGAGCUGUGGUUGAGGAAGUGGUAUAAAGUGCAUCUCUUAGGAAAGAAGCACUUUCAUUAGGGUGGACUCGUGUCUGAUUAGAACGUUGGUUGAUCAGCUAGAUUUGUGUACACACUACCAGUUUCACACCCCCUUUCCAUCUGUUUGAUACAGUAUUAUAGAUAUAAAUAUAUAUAUAUUUCUCUGUGGCCAUUUGUGAUACUUCCUCAUAUACUUGAAUAUUAUACUUCCUUAUUCACAGCAUCUGUGUCUCCUGCACCCUUUGGUGUUGCAGUUUUAGGUAUGUGAAAGUAGGUGUUAGCAGGGUUCUUUCCUUAUUAAAAAAAAGUUUAAAAAGACAAAAAGUUUUAGCAUGAAGUUGCUUUCUGUAACAACUCAAAGCUGUAACCCCGUUUUAGUGCCAGAUACAAGUCUCUCCCAAGUCUCUCCCGUGAUGCUAGAAAAAAUUUGUUUUUCUUUGCUUUCACCAACAUGGAGUUUGUGGGGGUGGAUCCAGUUAUACAUAAAAGGGUUUACAGAUUGUUGGUGUAAGAUUAUGGAUUUAUCUUAUUUUGAAUCACAGGAUAGUUUGGGUUUUAUUCCUGUAAUCUUUCAUGAAACAGACUUCUUAAGAUUUCUUUUUCUUUUUUUUUUUUUCCAUUUGCUAAAGUUGAAACUAACAGUGGGAUUUGGGGGCAUGUUAUCCCAUCCUUCCAAAUAGUACCUGUUUAUUAAAUUCUCUCAUAGAAAAUGUUUGACCUCCAUACCCAAAGAUUCCUUGAUCAGAAGGGAAAAAUACGGUAUUUUGAGAAGCUAUAGCUAUAAAACAUUGGAGAUGCAGAUAUCUAGAUCAGGUUUUUCAUGACUCCAGCAUUGUACUCUGUAAAGGAACACUAUUAUUUAUCAGUAGAUAAUACCAUUCUGACUUUAGAUACGGUCUAGAAAUCACAAACCUAUUAAUUAAUUCACUUUACAAAUCAUUCAUCUUAGAUGUAUGAAUAAGCAAUGAAAUAGUCAAUAGCCUGAAUAAGGCAGUGGGUUACCAGGCUAGAUGGAUGCUUUUUAGUAUUUUAUCUGUUCUUUUUCUUGCUCAGGGAUGGUAGGCUGGAUCUGAACAGUUAAAGGCAAAUGGUCCAGUAGGCGUUUGAUUCCUUUGAGCCAAAUCAGUUCUCGACUAUAAAGGAGGAAAUGAUGAACAUGGACUGAGGCAACAAGCUAGUAUAGUAGCAUCUAAGAAAGAAGCCAAGGGAUGCAAAGACAGAGACGCGGGUGCCAUUUUGUGACCCGUUGGAAAUUAACAACCAAGGCGACUUCCGUAAAAGAAACUCUAGGAGCAAAAGUGCACCAUUCAUUCUCAACUAAGAGGUUUUACGUAGGCAAACAUUUCUGAAACUAUUUAUAGGUCAGUUAUUUUAUAGGACAAAGAUUUAGAAAUGACUGAUUAGGACUGUGGAUGUGUCUGUUUUCUGCCUAAUUAUUGCUGUGAGGUUUGAUUUGUCCCAUCUGGGCAUUUUAUUCAUCAGCUUCCCUUGAAAUGCACCAGAAAAUAGGAGAAGAAAGAAUAGGAGUGUGGAGACUUGACAGUAUUUUCUUAUGUGUUUGGUAGUGUUAGAUAGUGAUUAAAGCUGAAGUUAACAGCUGGUUAGAACAGUUUUAACCUGUGAAACAAGUAUUUUUUUUCAACCUGGUUUAAAUUGUUUCUAAGCAUUAAGAAUAAGUAAACAUGAUCUACAUAUUAAAAUUGUUUCUUACAAAUACAUGUUUAAAAUAAAGAUUAUAUAAAGUACCAAGUUAUUAGAUUUGGCAUUAAAACAAAUGUUUACUUCAAAUCACAGCAAAAUUAUAAUGAAUAAAUGCCCUUGCUUCGUAUGGAAAUACAAUUCUUUAUAAAAAGUUAACAAAAUGAACCUGAUAAUUUGUACAAGUAAAAGAAAGAAACACAGGCUAAAUGUCUUCUCAUGGGGAUAAGGGGUGGAACCCAUCUUGCCUUUACACUCAAGAUUAACGACAGAAAUUAAGCUUUUUGAACACCACUCUUGUGGGGACAUCCAUACGCUGAUCUAGAAAUUAAGGCUUCAUAGUUCCAAUUCUAGAUCUAUUAAUGCCAGUUUCUCUCUGGCUUUAGCCUUUGAGAACCUGUUUAAGGAAACAUAAGUAAUCCAGAGCUGUGAAGAGUUAAAAGGCCCACUCACUCUCUCUGGGUCACCUGCAACCAAUAAUUGGGUACCUUACAAUGAUGCAGGAGAGAUCCGAGUUCAUGAUGAGUCUCAAAGGCCAUGUUCAUUUAGGAACCAACUCUCUCUGGAUUCUCCUGCUGAGUUCCAGCAGGGUGAUGGGCUAAAAUCCCACCCACAAGCAAGACACCUGUGUAACACUAACUAGGUAUAGCUGAAGAAGGCUGAAGAGAGAACUUGGUUAAAUGGAAAAAUGUACUGAUGGUAGCUGACCUUCUCCACACACUCAUAUGGUUAUAGAGCAGGAAAUGGGAUCAUCAGCCAAAAUAUAAUAUCAUGUCAAUAUUAUUAAAGAAAUAAGCUCAAAAAGCUGCAAGUAUAGUAUUUUCUCCUAUUUUUCAUGCCACAGAAAGGAGGAAAAUAAACUAUUCAUGGUCUAAGUGGCCAGAAAAGAUAGAUCCAUGGCUUGGAAAGGCAAAUUCUAGACAUUCCUUCAAAGACUGAUGUGCUAAAAUCAGCACUGAUGUUUGUUUUUUAACACCUAGGAUUUUUAGCCUGGGUAUGUAGGUUGAGGCCAAGUCCCUAGCAGGAAAAAGCUUAUUUUUAGACUCUUAAAAUGUCAAUCAUGAAGAUCUACUUCAACUUUAGCAAAAAGAAAAAAAAUCAACAAAAAGUUAUACUCUGUAUGCUGGGAUUCCAAGGUUCCAACAUGCCGCUACAAAUCUGUGGGGGGUUUCUUUCUUCUGAUAAUUCUAGAGCCUGUUACCAUAGAAAGGCAUUUCUUCAAUGGCUGGUUGUAGUUAGUUCAUGUUUUUCAAGCAAAAUUUGCAAAUGUAUUUGUUGCUGUAUAGUGAUUGUUUUGCAAAAUAAAGUUGCUUGUCACCUAA